AUGACAUGCGUGCUCGCUGUUCUUCACGGAUUAAUGAUGACACCGCUAGAGGUACUACAACAACGUCAACCAUCCAAUGAUGAAUACAGAGUGUUCGAUUAUAUUUGGUCAUUCUAUUCAACGGUCUUUGUAUUUUCAACUCUUUACUUUUUCCUGUACUGUGCGAUACGUCGUGAGAAAGCCUAUGUUGCUCGUGAGCUAGUAAUUCCAUCUGCAUUGUACGGACUUCUAUGGUCCUCGGGAAUGACUUUUUGGUUCUUAUCCAGUCACAAGCUUUCGCAAGUUGUCGCCUAUCCCAUUACGACGCGAUUGCCUGCCAUUAUCAGUGCUAUCGCCGACGUCGGCCGAAACAAUCUGCUUUUCUUAGCUGGUGCUAUCGGAGUGGGUAUCAUUGGCGUACUACUGAUCGCACUCUCGAAUCUCUAA